UGCAUCUUUUUUUCUACUAAAGCAAUAAAAGAGUUGAAAUUAAUAUAGUUUUUGGGGUUUUAAGUUGUAUAGUAUGUUCAUAUCUAAUUUCCAGAACUAAUUUUGAUGUUUUUUACAUACUGUAAUGGGAAAUUCUUCAAAGAAAGCAUCUAGUUUGACAAAACCUACACUUGAUGAAAGGCUGUUAAAACUUUUUGAUAAAUUAUGCAAAUAUGAACUGCUAGAUCAAGAGCUUUUUCUGGAACACUUUAAGAGUGAUGAUAACAAAGGAAAAAAUAAUGUUGGUUCCUAUUUGUUCAACUGGUAUUUUAUUGAUUUACUUAAGGCUUCACCAAUAUCAAGAAAAAUUUUUGCUGAAAGAGCACAAACAAUUUUAGAUUAUGUUUAUAAAAGCCAGAACGAAAAGAUUAAUUUGUAUUUUGAUAUCCUAACUAAUAAUCAAUGCGAUUUCAAUGAAGAAGACUUGACAUUAAUUUUUAAAGAUUGCUGCAAAUAUGGAAUUCUGCUGGCUAUGGACAGCUGUGUUAUUUUAAAAGAAGAUGUUUUAAUUUGCUCUAUGGUAAAGUCAUGUUUAAAUGGUGCAACUUGUGUUUCAAAAAAAAAUGUGAAGAGUUUCCUUAUAGAUGAAAGUUUUUAUAUAUUUGCUGGGUUUGAAGCUUGGCUUUUUGAAAAGUUUACUGGAUCUCCUUUGAAAACAAAUUUUGAGAUGUUACUUUUACCAACAGAAUGUGAAUCAGGAAAUACCAUGUUAACACCAACUUUACUAUACUUUUUAUGCACAAGACUUCCAACGUGUUACAUUCGAAUGGAUAACAAAUUUAACGAUAUUAACAAGGAUGCAGAAAAUGAAAAAUUUUCAUGGAAUCUUUUGUAUGAUAGCAACCAGCAUGGCCUUAGUUUGAACAGAUUUAAGAGUAAACUAAUGAACUAUAAAAGCGCAACUAUUACCAUCUUGAAAUUUGUUUCAGGUGUUGUAUUAAUUUUGGCACUUGAUGAACCUUGGAGAGAUGGGCCUGAUAAAUAUGGUGGUCCAUACUGCCAGCUAAUUGAAGUGUCUCCUAACUUAAAAGUUAUUGAAAGUUUUUUGAUUGAUUUACUUUUAGCAAACUCAUCUAUGGUUUAUUUAAAAGAAAAUAGUCGUAGUAUAUCAACAGGUUUACAUAUUGGAUGUGAUACUAAUUCAAAAGUUAAAAUUGAUAAAGACCUUCAAUGUGCUGAACUUAAUUAUAGGAAUUCAGUUAAUGAAGUACUAGGGCGUGUUGAGACUUGGGGAUGUGGAGGAGUAAAGGCCAAACGCAACCAAGAAGACCUUAAAAAAUGGGAGCUAAACGAAAUAGAAAAACGUAAAAAGGUGAAACUUCCUGGUGAAUGGGAUACAGAUAAGGCUAUACUGGAAAUGGGUGGAGUAUGUGUAAACCAUAGUCAAAGAUGAUAUAAUUAUAUAUAUAUAUAUAUAUAUAUAUAUAUAUAUAUAUAUAUAUAUAUAUAUAUAUAUAUAUAUAUAUAUAUAUAUAUAUAUAUAUAUUAAUAUCUUCAAAAUCUUUAUUUAAAAUAUUUGCAGAUGUGCAAAAUAAAUUGUGAUUUAGAUUUAAUAAAGUUUUACUUUUUGUAAAUGAAUCUUAUUAUUUAUUUAUUUUAUAUAACUUACAAUGUUACUACUAAUUAAACACUUACUUUUAAAUAAGAAAAUCUUUACUAGGUACAUAAAUAGUGAUUAUUAUAAAUUUUGUUAAUAACAGUGAUAAUAAACGAUGGUGGCAAAGAUAAAAUUUGAUCUUUUUACUGGGGAGCAACCAUUUUGCACAAGUCAUUAAAGAGCAAUAGAAAAGUAACCAAUUUUUUCGCGUCAUUAGCAGUUCCGAAUAAAUUUUUAAAAACAGCUUGUCAUUUAAAAAGUUUUUGUUUAUUCA